GCCGCCCCCGACGCCGGAACAUCGAUGACGGCAACCCCGCUGAGCGCCCAAGAAGUCCAAGCGCACAUGGACUCGCUGUCCGAGAGGGAGAUCACCGACGCGACGCAGGUGUCCGAGUUCUCCGGCGCCUCCUUCGACGAGGCGCUGCGCGUGCUGCGGCAGGCGCGCGGCGACGUGCAGGCCGCGAUACACACGCUGCUGCAGGAGCCCGGGGGGCCGCCGGCGGAAGCGGAGGGCGACGAGAUCCGCGAGCUGCGUGCGAUCUGGGCGAAGACGGCUCCGCAGCCCCGCGAGGGCGGGGACGGGGAGGAGGACGAGCUGGCGCGCGCGAUGCGCGAGUCUGAGUCGGCGUUCCGCGCGACGAAUCGGUCCCCGGAUCCGGGCAUGCAGAUGGUGCUGGCGCGUGCGACGACGCCCACGGCGGUGACGGCGGUGAAGCCCUCUGCGGACGAUGAGUAUGCGGCUGCUUUGCGGGCGAGCUACGAGGACGCGGCGAUGGCGGACGAGACCGAUGAUGCGAAGAUUGGUGUUCGGGAAGACGGGAGGCCAAUCGCGUUGCGGAGCGACUCUCCUGAUCUCGCAUACGCUGCUUUGGUCAUCCAAGCGCUCUUCCAUAUCCCGCAAGUGCGGCACAAGCUGUCUCUACUCCAACUGCCCCCCAAUGCUACUGACAACGACAGCAAGAACUAUGCGGUGUGGAAGCUCGUGGAGAUGUUCACGUACCUGGACCUGGCGCAGGUCUCCGCGCUCAUUGACGAAGAACUGCUCGCCAUCUGGCGCGCGGCGCGACUGACGCGGGAUGUGUCUGUCGAGGAGCUCUCCAAAGUGCUUCUGGACAAGAUCGUCAAGGUCGUCCAAGCCGAGCUGGAGGCCCAGAAACUGGAUGAUAGAUCGGCCGCGCGUCUGUUCCACUUCACGUACGGCCACGUACGCAUCCCCAGCACCGGAGAACCCGAAUACAGCGCCAACGAAGGCGACGACGGCCACAUCGUCAGCGUGUCCACCACUCCACAUCUGGCAGCCAACAAUCUGGUCGGGCGUCUGGCUGACACGCUGAACGAUCUCUCCGACGGAGAAUCGACGCACCAGGUGAUCGUGCAGCCGUCGGACGUCGUCACCUUCCAGAUCAACUUUCCCCCGGCCGCGGCGUCGUCGUCCGGUGGGGCGGAGCCGCAGCCGCUGGUGUACCCGAAGACGAUGUAUCUAGACGAGUUCCUGGCCGUGAAUCUCAAGCUGGCGAACGACACGCGCAAGGCGGAGAAGCAGGUUAGGAGGGAGAUCGAGCAGAUAGAGGCUGAGAGGAGGAGGAUAACGCGGUUCGAGGUGUGUGGAUGUUGUCUCUCACUCUGCGAGCGUGGGGAAUGACCUGGACGAGGACGACGAUGCGUUGGAGAAUCUGCGCGGGGCGAUCGACUUCUACGAACGGGUCGCUCGACCAAAAGGGCCCGGCGACGCCGAACGGUAUGCUGGUGUCGCCAAGAAACUUGGUGAAGCGUUGGGCAAAUUGGAAGCGGCUGUCCAAGUCUUUGAUGCGAAGCUCACCGAGCUGAAACACGAACUGGAAGAGAUCGUCCACAAUGACGAUCUGAGAAAACAUCCUUACGACCUGCGUGCUGUGCUGGUCCACGACGGUCUUCCCGGCCGUCGGCAUUCCUACUCCUACGUGCAUUCGCGCGGAACAUGGUGGAAGACGACGGAUGCCGAGGUCACUGAGGUCUCCGAGGACGCUGUGAUCUCGGAUCCGACUGGUCUGCAUCUGGGCGCUGGCCCUUACAUGCUUUUCUACAGCAGGCGCUUGACUGAGGAAGAGGAGAAUGUCGCUCUCAGCUGGCCUGGUCCGAUCGUGACCGACGUGCAGUCGAACAACGAAAGAUUUCUGGAGUCGCAGAUAGCGAAGACACAGAUACGAAUGGAUUCGAUUGAUUAGCGUGCAGAUGUGUAUAGUGGUUUUGUCAUCUGAACGCCCUUGUAAUUUCGUGUACCCAAUGUGGACACUAGCUGGCUACGUCCACGCUUGUAUGUAUGUAUGAGAUCUUCGUCUGUGCUUUAGUCUAUUAUGAAAUAUUGCUCGAGGUCUGCGUUAAGCUUGGUUAAUCGACAUUCAGGGAUACAGUAGUCGAAGACGAUGAUGAACAGGGGCUCACAGUAAAUUUAGCUCGCCAUCACGUGUGCUCCUGUAUCUAAAAUGGGAAGAAAGUGAUUAUGCCAAUGCCGAAUUUGCCGAGGACCGGCAUCCCAGAAUGUGGUCUUCUUCCCUCUUUCGCCGUGGUCUAUAAAUGACAUCGCUCCACAAAGCACGGGGCUGCACGAGACGUCUCUCACGUCGUCAUUUUCGCCUUCACUUUCUCCAAGCUGGUUACUAGGCCGCCUCAGCAGCCACUCCGUCGGCCUCCCCCCACCACGAUGCACCGCGCACAAACCCUGCUCCUCUCGCUCUCGCUGCUCUCCUCGCACGCGCUCGCACAGGACCGCACCUCCGAGUCCGGCGAAGCCGCAAUCAGCGAUCCCGUCGUCGAGUGCAGCCCGUACUCCUACGCCCCGGUCACCAACGCCCUCGCGCAGUUCCCCACGGUGUGGAGCCUUGCGACCGCGCUGCUCCCGAGCGACACCGAGGGCCAGACCCUGUUCAAGUCGAUCAACAGCAGCAUCCCGCCGUUCCCGCCGCAGGGCACGAGUCUCGGCGACUUCAGCGCGUUCACGCCGGGGUACAACGUGAGCGACCCGGAUUGCUGGUGGACGUUCCACCAGUGCGUGACGCCCAAGUGGCCCGGGCUCCCGCCAGACAUUGCGAACGUUCCGGAGCCCAAGACGCUCGGGUAUGGAUUCGACGAUGGGCCCAACUGCUCGCACAAUGCGUUUUACGACUACCUGACGCAGCAGAACCAGAAAGCGACGAUGUUCUAUAUCGGCUCGAACGUGAUGAACCACCCGCUGGAGGCGCAGCGCGCAGUCGCCGAUGGGCACCAGAUCUGCGUCCACACGUGGUCGCACCACUACAUGACGUCCUUCACGAACGAAGGUGCAUUCGCAGAGCUGUGGUACGCGCUCAAGGCCAUCAAGCUGGUCACUGGCGUCACACCACUAUGCUGGAGGCCGCCGUUCGGUGACGUGGACGACCGCAUCCGGUUCAUCGCCAAGGCACUCAACCUGACCACGAUUAUCUGGCAGCGAGAUUCCUUUGAUUGGGAGAAUGGACAGAACGGGAUCACGAACGCGACGGUGCAGGGCAACUACGAUUCGCUCAUCUCCGACGUGCAGAACGGCAAGUACGACACCGCGGGCGCGAUCAUGCUCACGCAUGAGCUGAACAACUAUACCAUGCAAAUCGCGGUGGACAACUACCCGGCUCUGUCCAAGGCGUUUUCUCAUAUCGUCCCGAUCGCUGUUGCGAUGAAUGAGAGCAACCCCUACGCGGAGAAGAACAUCACGUUCCAGACCUUCCAGCAAUACAUCUCGAACCAAUCUGCGUCGGCGUCUGCAUCUCCGUCAGGCUCUGCGGGCUCUGGUACGGGCUCAGCUGGGGCUGCACAAGCGACGGGCGGAAAGAGCGAUGCUGUGGUGACUCGGGUUCCUGUCUCUGUGGCGCUGCUCGUUGCCUUGUUCGCUGCCGCAGCUUUGAUCUGAUUCUAACCUCAAAACCGCCCGUCUCAGGGAGAUGCUUGGCUACUCAGAUUUCUCUGCUACAGAGAAAUCGUUGGACUGCAUGUACUUACGCUCUGUACCCGUGCUGUAGCCAUGGACUCGGACCCUACUAUGCAUACCUUGCUUCUGACACUUUGUCUUGACAACAUUCUUUGACUGCAAUUGAUUGGACAAGCCCUUCGCUUGUCCCGCCGACUGCCGCUAUUCUUCGCUUCGCCCAUCAUCCAUCAUCCCUCAGGUCCAAGCUUCAAGCAGUUUUGGCCGCUCUCUAUCCAAAGUGGCGCCUUGUAGGGUCCGCGGGCGGCUCGAUCCACACGCCGCUUACACCAUAGCGUGAUAUGAAGCCAGUAGCAUCCCCGUUAGCUCCACAGCCGAGGAAGGAGGGUGGAUUUAAAAGGCCCUUGGAUAGUACAUCUGAGUCUUCACCAGAACGAUGACCUCCAUGGUGAGCUCGCGCGACACUAUGGUCCCGGAGUCCCCGCCGCAAUCGCCCGGCUCCGCGACGCAGAGCAAGAUCGUGCCCCCUGACCACCCGUUUCGGACUCUCGUUCUCUGCUUCGAUGGGACCGGGGACCAGUUCGACUCGGACAACUCGAACAUCGUGCAGCUCUUCUCGAUGCUGCCCAAGGGCGACCGCGAGCGCCAGAUGGUGUACUACCAGGCGGGCAUCGGGACGUACACGACGCCCGAGAUCGCGACCCCGAUGAUGUCGCGGUUCUCCAAGCUCCUGGACGAGAUGAUCGCGUGGAACCUGCAUUCGCAUGUGAUGGGUGGCUACGAGUUUCUCAUGCAAAACUACAGCGCUGGCGAUCGUAUCUGCAUCUUUGGCUUCUCUCGCGGUGCCUACACUGCGCGCAGUUUGGCCGGGAUGCUCCAUAAAGUCGGCCUUCUCCCGGCGUGCAAUCACCAGCAGAUCCCGUUUGCGUACAAGAUGUACACAACGACCGACGUCAAGGGCUGGAAGCAAUCCAAUGCAUUCAAAAAGGCCUUCUCGAUUGACGUGGACAUCGAAUUUAUCGGUGUUUGGGACACCGUCAGCUCCGUCGGUCUCAUCCCCCGCCGCCUGCCGUUCACGACUUCCAACACCAUCGUCCGCACCUUCCGGCACGCCGUCUCGCUCGACGAGCGCCGGGCGAAAUUCAAGCCGAACUUGUGGAACCGGCCGAACGACCACGAGCGUCUGCUCAGUGUGACCGACCAGCAGAUCGAGCGCCACCGCCACGGCGGCGGCAACCACGCGCACCCGCAUGCGAAUCGCGGCGGGAUGCGCCAGCAGAUGCGGAUCGAGCGGCAUUUCUCGCAGGACAGGCCGGAUGAGACGGACAUCGACGAGGUCUGGUUUGCCGGGUGUCAUUGCGAUGUCGGCGGCGGCUCGGUCGACAACGAGACCACGACGAAUUUGGCGCGGAUUCCGCUGCGCUGGAUGGUUCGGGAAUGCUUCAAGACAAACAGCGGGAUCUUGUUCGACGCGGACGGACUGCGCAGUAUCGGCUUGGAUCCGGAUUGCUUGUACCCUGUCGUGCAGCCCCGCCCGGCGCCGCUCCCUCUCGACGGUGCCAAGAUCCAGUCGAUCCCGCGCUCCGUUGCGCACACACAUGAGCCCGAGCAGCCAGCGCGCGACGGAGCACUCUCCGUGAAGUCCGAGGAGGAGCUGGAUCGUGCAGACGCACUCGCGCCGAUCUACGACCAGCUGUCGCUCAAGUGGUUCUGGUGGCUGCUCGAGCUGCUGCCGCUCCGGCAACACUACCAGCGCGACAACGACACGGUGUGGGCGACGAGCUUCGGGAUGAAUCUGGGCCAGGGACGGCAUGUGCCGAAACAGGCGAAAAAUGGGGUCAGGGUCCAUCGCAGUGUGAAGAUGCGGAUGGAGGCCGGAGGAGGCAGUUAUACUCCUCAUGCGAAACUGGAUCUCGAUCGGGUUACCUGGGUCGACUGAAGCGUUUUACACCCGGGAGGAAGGAGCUUGCUGAGAACAUUGUACUUGUAACCUAGCUCAUGAUCUCUACAAAUCUCACAGUACAUUUCCUGUCUCAUGUGAUUAGUCAGUCGUAAAUGGCACCACGCCUAUCAUCACCGAUGGUCAACGGAUCACAACCUCCCAAUUAUCAAUUAUCAAGCCCGUUUCUCAUCAGACGGGCUUGGGUAAUCCGCUGAGCUACGCAGAAA